AUGGCCGAAACUGCCGGGCGCAAACUGUCGGCGUCUCGUCCGCAGAUGGAAAACAUGCGCCGCAGCAGCUCGUAUCUGAGCGAUCACCAGCAAUACAGACCGCCCAAAAAGUCAGAACCCUACCACGGCAUCGACGAGGUCGUCGAGGGGAGAAGCCCCCCGCCCAAGUCGACCUCACCAAAGAGCAUCUUGCCCUUCCGCGGCGUCCCGCAGGACGACAUGCCGGCGACGAUAGUCGAGAGCGGACUGAGCCAUAGUCUGUCGCAUGCAAACUGCGCGCCGGCCCCGGGACACAAGUCGGAUCGCCUGGUCGCAACGUUAUUCUACAAGGGGGCGUCGUCUGGCUCUGCGCCGGCUUCGACUAGACCGGCUGGUCUGUCGGAUAGCAAUGAGACGCUGCCUCCGAAUAUGGCGCCCACGACGAACAUGGACGCUUUCCCGCUGGAACCGCCGACGCAGGAAUCAGAACAGCUGGAUCAUAUUUAUGGCUCGUACAUUUCACCGCUGUGCAUAGCGUCGUUUUUGCAUCUCAUGUCGACUUUUCCGCAGCCGCGUGGGGCGGAUGAACCACACUCGUCGCACAGGUGUCUUGAUAACCCGGAUACACCUCGUAUUGUUGAACUUAGCCUCUCGCCGGCCCCGUCACCUGAAUGCCUGGGUCUGUCUGACCUGCGUAAACAUGAGAUGAUUUACCGGUUCGAGCAGGAGUGGAAUGUCGAUGUUGUGCUGCAGCCGGAUGUGGUCUGGAGGAGACACCCGCGCUUGGUGGUGUUCGACAUGGAUAGUACGCUGAUUACACAAGAGGUGAUUGAGCUCAUGGCAGAGACUAUCAAAGAGCCAUCGGAUCUGGCCGCCCGUGUAGCAGACAUCACUCACCGCGCCAUGAUGGGUGAAUUGGAAUUCGAGGCCUCGUUCCGCGAGCGCGUCGCUCUUCUGAAGGGUGUUAGCGCAACCGUGUUUGACGAGUUGCGUCCUGUGUUAGACGUCACAAAGGGUGUGCCCGAGUUGAUUAGGGCCCUGAAACGACUGGGCGUCAAGACGGCCGUGCUGUCGGGUGGAUUUCAACCGUUGACAGGCUGGCUCGCCGAGCAGCUGGGCAUAGACUAUGCCUUUGCGAACGAGGUCAUCGUAGAGGAUGGCAAGCUGACGGGCGUGACGACAGGCAAGAUCGUGGGCAAGGAGCGCAAGCGCGAUCUGCUGCUUGAGAUUGCGGCCAAGGAGGGGAUUGAUCCGUCGCAGGUGGUGGCUGUUGGUGACGGCGCCAACGACCUGUUGAUGCUGGCGGAGGCGGGACUGGGAGUGGCGUGGAAUGCGAAGCCGAGGGUGCAGAUGGAGGCGGAUGCGAGGUUGAAUUCGGAGAGCUUGUUGGAUUUGCUGCACUUGUUUGGGCUUACGGCUGAGGAGAUACAGAUGUUGGCGGCGUGA